AUGGAGUUCAUAAGAAGUCAGAGAGGCGCUGCAAAGCUUUGUUAUGAAGGGUUCACGUACACGAAGAAAAAGGAGACGAAGUCGACGAUGCGAUGGGAAUGUUCCCAGCGUCGAACUCCACAUGUGUUCGACCAAGUUUUCACCGUGCGUGUGCCACUUGGAGAGACGUCGGGGACAGUAGCAUAUGCCUUGCUGCCAUCCAAGGACCAAACUUCGUACGAGGAGUGCAUGACAGCUGUACUGGAUGCUUGUCUGACUAGAGACAUCCGUCCAACUCCGUCCAAGGUCGUGUGCGACUUCGAGGUGGCCAUCCACAAUGCUGUUCGUCAGGUUAUGGCGAACGAUAUCCAGAUACAGAGUACCUGGCGUCGUAUACAGGGGGACGGCCUGCAGGUCCUAUACAGAGAGGACGACGAAAUAAGACAGUUCUGCGGACGACUCGACGGUCUGGCGUUGCUACCGACGGAUAAGGUGCUAGAAGGCAUGGCCAUCUUAAAGGACACGGCACCUGCAGCGCUGACUGGGAUCGUCGACUACUUCGACACUACCUACGCGAGCGGCGGAUUUCGGUCCGUGAGGACAGCUGACGGCAUGAUGCGCUUCAGGAGAACACCGCCCCGUUUCCAGCUAGAUAUCUGGAACGUACACGCUGCAACAGUCAGUGGAGAAGCUAGGACCAACAACCUGUGCGAGGCUUGGAACAAUGCGUUCCAAGUUUUGGUUGGGCACCAGCAUCCUUCUCUGUGGACUGUAGUUGACUGCUUCAUGAAAGACGCCGCUAUGGUGGAGACUGAGAUGUAUCGCGUGCGCAACGGUGAGCCUUCAAUUAAGCCGAAGAAGAAGUCAACAGAGCGAUACCAGCGGCGUCUGAAGACUUUGUGCGAGCAGGUGGCGAGUGGUGAGAAGAGUGUUUUUGAACGUUGUCGGCGGACUUGUGCGAUUGAAGUAGUGUUUGAGUGUCUUGUUUAUGUAAGAAUGCAUAUAUGUUUGAAUGUAUGUAUGAUUGUAACUGUGAAUGUAUAUAUGUAUGUAUGUAUGAAUGUAUGUAUGUAUGUAUGAAUGUAUGUUUUGAACGUUUAUGUAAGCAUGUAUAUAUUUUUUAAUGUAUGUCUGAAUGUAUGUAUGCAUGAUUGUAACUGUGAAUGUAUGUAUGCAUGUAAUGUGUGUAUUUAUGUAUGUAUGUAUGAAUGUAUGUUUUGAACGUUUAUGUAAGCAUGUAUAUAUUUUUUAAAUGUAUGUCUGAAUGUAUGUAUGUAUGAUUGU